AUGGCUAGCCAGCAAGGUGGACCGAGCGCCCGAGCGCCCCAUGAUCAUGAUGCAAGGGAGGCGAGUCCCAGUGCGGAUGCGAUACUCGACGCACCAUAUUCGAGCGACGAAGAACCAAGUCCCCAUGGCCUCUCCUGUCGCUGGAGAACAUCGGAAUUCUACGACCAAGAGUGUUGCCGAUACUUCGACUGUCCCUCUCAUCUCGUUGAGAGGCGGCUUUCUGUCGAUGAUACCGGCGAACCCAGCCUUCCGAGAGAGAGCGUCGUCGAGGUGGCAGAAGCUCGACAAGGUAGCAUCUCCCCGAGGACUUCUAUCGAAGACGAGCAUCCGGUACCUGACCACGACGGCACCACGGCCGAGCCACAACAGAGAGACGACGAAACUCUGAUUGCUGAUACUUCAGCGCCACUAUCGAGCUUAUCAUCUGGGUUAGCUGCCGAGAGAGAGGCUGUGAGCGCGACGAGGGCUGCAUCAGCAGCGAAUCCCACAGCCCUCCCUGCCAGAACAUCGUCCUUACCGAUCCGCACUCGCGUUCCUUCUAGAAGCAUUGACUUGCAAUCUAGCGAUCCGUUGGGUAGUGAUAUCUGGGGCGAGUCCUCUGAUCACGGCGGUCGAGCAUUUACGGCCAGCGCAUCGGCAACGGAUUUGUCAGGCAGCAGCUCACCCAGAAUGUCUGCUCGGGAUCAGCUAUCUGCCGUGUAUGGCGCUGAUACGAAUGAAGGCAGCGGCUUACUUCAGUCACUGUUCGGACCACCUGAGCGCGAGCGCGAGCGUGAGCGUGAGCGCACAGGAUCAGUUGUUCUUCCUAGGUGGCAACCGGAUGCCGAGGUGACAUACUGCCCUAUUUGCCGCACUCAGUUUAGUAUCUUUGUGCGCAAACAUCAUUGCAGAAAAUGUGGGAGAGUCGUUUGCAACUCUUGCUCACCCCAUAGGAUCAUUAUUCCGCACCAAUUUAUUGUUAGAGCGCCUGGCUCAGAAGUACCGCUUCCCCCGGCACUGCUCUACGGCUCGGGUGCGAGCUAUGUCGAUAUGAAUGGACUCUCCGGGGGCGAGCGAGUGCGCCUCUGCAACCCGUGCGUCCCUGAUCCCAAUACUGCACCUCCACAAAGUCCAACUUCUCCUGCCCUUUCGCCGCGUGAGGCACGACGCAGGUCCCGGACCAGCCUAGGGGCCGGAUAUCCUGCUCCGCCUCCUGUAAAUCGAUACGGAGGAGUUUUUGCGGCUGGCCAGAGCAAUGAUCCUUAUCAGUUCUACACCUCUAGGACAAGGAGUAUCACCAUGGAUCCAACUGGACAAAGGGCAGGAGGUGCUUCGUCCUCUUCCUCCUCCUCACGUAGGCGCAGCGCCCAUUACGAAGUGGCAUCCAUUAAUCGGCUGAUGGCGGCUGGACCAUCGCCUUUCAGUAUGCCAAACCAGCACCAUAUCCAUCGACGUCGUUUAACUGGAGAGUCCGGGUCAUCGUCACGGCAGCGUGCUUUACCCCCUCCUCCACAGAUUGCGGAAGAGGAUGAGUGCCCCAUUUGCCACUUGGAGCUGCCAUCUCGGGAACUGCCGAAUUUUGAGGCUCUUCGAGAGUCGCAUAUUACUUCCUGUAUCCAAUCACACAGCACAUAUGGCAGUCCUCGUGGGGCAUCGGACGGCGCUGCACCGCUCCCCCCUCCCAGGCGCACUGGCAUGUAUACGUAUCCCGCCACGGAGAAGGACUGCAUUGAUGACGCAGAAUGCACCAUCUGCUUAGAGGAGUUUACCGUCGGCAUUCCCAUGGCGCGGCUUGAGUGCCUUUGUCGGUUUCACCGGUCUUGUAUUUCAGCCUGGUUUGUCAAUCAUCCGGGGAGAUGUCCCGUGCAUCAACACGACGGAUUCGGGUACUAG